AUUUUAUGUUGCACAGUCUGUUGCAUAGCCAACUAAGCAUGAACAACUUGAAUGUAAACAUUGAUUUUACAAGUUUCAUCUGACAAUGGAUUUUACGCCAGUAGACCACAAUAUAUAGUGCAAUAUAUAUUCCAGUCCGUCAUUAUAAAGGGAAAGAGAAAGGCAGCGCGGGUUAAAGAUGUUCGACGCCCCUGCAAUCAACACUAAGACUUUUAGAAUCUCGCGUGAAAAUGUACAACUGGCCUGCAUUGUUUGUACAUUAGGUUUAGGCAUUCUAGUUAUCAUCGAUUAUCAAUCGAAAUUACUGAGGUAUGACCAAAGAAGUUCUAACAGUUUGUUCCUUGCUUUUUUUAUCGGAUUUUUUCACUAUAGCUUUGGGUCUAUGACCUGGUUAAAAUCAACAUAUCAACUACAUGGAAUAAGUGAUUUCUAUUUUGAUGUCUAUACAUUCCCCGUCGUGUGUUUCUUUUUUACAUUCGCAGUGAUAUGCACCAAAGAAUACCCAGGAGAAUUCCGGAAAACAACAUUUGCAUAUGUAGUUUACAUUUCCAUAUUUUUGCUAGCAGUUUUGGGAAUCGGGGUUGUUCGAAACUCCAGUAACCAACCUACACACGAUGAUGUUAUGUUGAACACAUCUGACAAGAUUUUUAAUGAUGACCUUCGAAAAAGUAAAUGUGGGAUGUAUGCCGAUAUGUUCACAAUAUUAGUCUUGAAAUGUUAUACCUCAUGCUUUUAUUACGUUUUUGAGUAUGUUUUUAUCUAUGCUACUUUCACGGCGAUCCUGCUGUGGAAUAUACAGGAAAGUGUGCUAAGCGGCAAACAAGGUCAACAUAACCAGCUGUGUAUAUCGUGCGAUAGUACAAUUAGGUUACAGCAAUAUAUCUUAAUGUUCAUGAUGUUUGUUAUCUGGAUAGUGCGACCAACUUUCUGGAUUAUUAACUUUUAUUGCACCUUAUUGCCACAAGAUCUUAUUCCAUGCAUGACACUGUGUAUGUUGUAUCCUCUUUUAUUAUCGUAUUUUCUGUACAAUUUAGUUUAUCAGGAGGAUUGCCUUCAUCAUCGCUGCAAGCAAAGAUUAUAUGAUUUUCAUGAUCCCAAAAAGGAAGAAAAAACGCUUUUAAUGUAACAAUAAUCAGCAUUUUUGUUGAAAUUAAAAAAAAAGUAGUUUUUGAUCUGAUGUUGUAUUUUUACAUUACAUGAAAUACUACGUUGAUACAAAGAAAGCCAAUACUAAACUAUCACGCCAUGUACACCUGAUCACCGAAUAAUUUAAUUAAGAUCGAGGUUAUUGAGAAGUCAAAUCAUCUUAAACUCAUUGAAACUUCAUACCAAGUUUUGUUAAAAUAGUAUAAAGAACACAUCACAUUUAAUUCUGAAAAUUAAAACCGACGAGUCGAACGGGAAUUAUAUGCUGUAUGAUGUAUACGACUGACAUUAACUUCUUAGAAUGAGGUUACAUACCGAAUAUUGUUGACCCUCUAUGAAA